AAAGUGCACGCCCCUUUGGCUUACGGGGUGUGGCCAGAGCUCGGCGAGGCGCCUGGAGGAGGGUGCGCGACAUGGGGGUCACCGUGGACGUUCACCAGGUGUUCCAGUACCCCUUCGAGCAGGUGGUCGCCUGCUUCCUCCGAAAGGUACCCGUCCCUCCGACCUGGGCGUAUCCCAACCCCAUGGAUAAAAAUGUCAUCUCUGUAAAAACUGUGGAAGAAAAGAAAGAUGAAUCAACAGGACUCAUCUAUAGAAAGAGGAUUGCUAUCUGUCAGAAUGUGGUUCCAGAAAUUUUAAGAAAGGUGAGUAUUUUAAAGGUACCUAAUGUCCAGCUAGAAGAGGAAUCGUGGCUCAGUCUUCAGGAAAGGAACAUGGCUAUACGGAGUCACUGCCUCACGUGGACACAGUAUGCAUCCAUGAGGGAAGAGUCUGUCUUCCGGGAAAGUGUGGAGAAUCCAAAUUGGACAGAGUUUAUUCAAAGAGGCAGAAUUUCGAUCACAGGGGCUGGAUUUCUCAACUGCAUUUUGGAAACUUUUGCUAGUACCUUCUUAAGACAUGGAGCCCAGAAGGGAAUUAGAAUAAUGGAGAUGCUGCUAAAGGAACAGUGUGGUGCCCCCUUAGUGGAAUAAAGAAUCAUCAGGAAGCUGCCGCUGUGUUUACUCUUUUUUUUUCUUUUUCUUUCUUUCUUUUUUUUUUUUUUUUUUUUUUUGAGAAUUCCUUCUUGGCCACGACAUCAUAGGCACAAUUAUUGGAUGCAAGUUUCAGGACACAGAAUCUGUGGCUUAGAGAAAAGGAGACCUUCCCUGCCGAGCACAGACUGACACUCUGCUUUGGAGCCUGCUUCAAAUCAUGGGACUCAUGGAGAUGAGACCUUUUCAGCUGGAUUUUAUGACAUGGUCUCUUUACAAUCUUAUGAAUGAAUAAAAGGAGAGAAUAUAUCAGAUGAUA